GCCAUAUCAGAAAUUGUUUAAAUAGUGACUUAUGAUGUGUAGGAUCAAUAAUAUAGAUCAGUUUAGUGAUUAUCUAAGCAGUAUUAGAUUUGAGUGACUGGUUUUCUGUGCUCAUAGAGUAUUUCGUAGUUAUAUCCAUUAAAUGAUUAAUUGAGAAACAUGUUGUCACUAAAACGGGUUAUUUUGAGUAAUACACGCAACUCGUGGUACGGAUUUAUCGUGAUACCUUGGUACAGUAGUACUUAAAGAACUCUGUAAUGUUUUUAAUUCAAAAAACCAACGAGCCUUUGUGCUUUCAAACCUUUAUCUAUGUCCCACAAGUUUCAUAUCAGUAAGUAUAUGUAUUAUUACUGCAUCUUUAAAUGCACAAUUAAAAACACAGACUUUCGAAAAAUUUGGAGCUUUACAGUAACUUCCCUGGAUUCCCUUGAAUCAUUUACGUAGAAAACAAAAGAUUUUUAUCUCAUGUCGUCCAAGAAAAUCUGAGCUCUGGAAGUCAUUAUGGAUAGGGUGCUGCUGUCAAGAUGAAAAUAGACGCUCAUAACAAAAUACAUCAAACGAUCUUUUUCUGUGACAUAUAUUGAUAGAAAUGACAAAAGUGAAAAAUCUUUCUGUGGAACAAGAUGAAAAUAAUCAGGAUGUAUUGGAAUUUGAAGAUAAUCUUGAGAAGACAUCACGCGACUUAGUCACAGAUAUUUUAAAUCGAGCUAGAUCUGCAAUCGCACAUGAAUCGUUAGAUACAAAACAGAUUAUGUUGCCUUCACAAAAUUUUGCGUCAUCGCUACCACAAUUAUCGAUAACAACUUCAUCUCCACCUAAAUAUGUCAGUGAAAAUGAUAAGAAUACAGGAGAAUGUGAUGAUGCGUUUGGCAUUACAUCAAUAACUCAUAAGUCUGUUAUAAAUGAAGAGAUUGAACCCUCAAAUUUUCGUGAAGAACUAACUAUCCAACAGGCACCAUCUGAAGAAAAGGUUUCUAAUCAGUAUCAAACAAAAUUUGAUUUCAAGUCAAAUAUUUUGAAUGAUUUCAGAGGUAUUGGAGUUGGCUCAGCUACACCAGAUACUCCACGUCAAAGAGACUAUCAGUGGAAAUCAAGUAUAGAUUUACCUCCAACAAAUAACACUACUUUCACUCAUUCAUACAACUAUCCUCAGAAACCUGUUUAUUUAAGAGAAAUGUCUCUUUCACCUCCAAGUCUUUCGUAUGAUUUAGUUAAAGAUGAUUUAAUUACGUCAUCUCCACCAAACAAUUCUAAUUGUAUUGGUGAAUUCACAGUAUCAUCUAAAAUGUUAACAUACAGACAAGACUCCCCAACAGUUAUAAAUACAGACGAUAUGGAACAAAAGUUGAAACCAUUCAGUUCACCUCUACCAAUCUAUAUUCCUUCAACAGCGUGUACACGUAUUCUUAAAAAUUCUGAAGUUCAUAGAUUUAUAGGUGACUGUAAUUCACAACAGCGAAGACUUAGACACAAUGAUUCUGAAGUUGGUAAAUUAUCGUACAGUGACAGUACGUCUUCAGAAUUAGAAAAACUAAGUAUUGAGUAUAAAAACAACAGUUUUAUGACAAAUAAAAAGCAAGCUAACAAACCGAAUAUACCCCGCUUACAAUUACCUUCAAGUCCAAAACUAACACAUUCACCUAAAACUAAUCAAAUGAGAAUUCGUCAAUCUUCGCUACUACGUAAUAGUAUUACAACAAGUAAAUCAAACAGUUUGAAAAUACCUAAAUCUACAAGCUCAUCAUUGUGUUGGUGGGAACCACUUAAUCGUCAUGAUGCUCAUAUUAUGGAAGUAGAAGGAAUAAAUAAUUCACCAUAUAAUGAUAAAUUUAAUCUACCUGAACCUAAUCCAGAAGUACUGAAACAUUAUUAUUAUUUAUGUGCUCAACAGCCAGUAAAAGAAGCUUCUCUUAUGAAAGCAAUAAACGAAGCUGAAAUUCAAGCAAAAUCUGAUAAAAUUGCACAUUAUGAAUUUUUAAGACGAAAAUCUUUACAACAUCAGUAUAAGCGAACUAGAUUUUUAAAUCCACAUCAUUCCAGAAAAUUUGACAUUGAAUCGAAACAUUUAAACAAAAUAAAUCAUAACAACAAUAAUAGUACUAAUCGAUCAAAUUUAUGUAGACCUGAACAUUUUACACAUUCAUUACAAAAGGAGAACAAACCGAAGAAACCUUCUGAAUAUUCAGAUGAAGAUGAUUUAUGUUCAACUAUGAAAAAGUCAAAAAAACGACGAUCGGUAUUAAGUAGUACAAUCCAUAAUUCACAACCUAGAAGAGUAUCUUCAAGAUCAAACAGUCGAGUUCGUAGUUCAUUGAAAGUACGCAAUAAAAGUUUAGAUAAAAAUGAAUAUAAUCAAAAUGAUAGCAUUAAUCAUCAUAUUCAUCUUGAUCAUCAUGAAAGAAGAUUGCAUAGUUCAAAUAAUCAAAGAACACAAAGAAAUCAAUCUCCAAUUGAAAAUAGAAUAAAUACUAUUAGAGAUUCAGAUUAUCAUAGAUCGAUUCAUUCACCAAUUAGUUAUUUUUUAGAUUUCAAUGAUAAACCAGAUUGCAAUCAACAUUGUACAAAUCUUCAUUCAGAAUAUUUUCCCAUAAAUAAACAAAAUGCAGAUUCACCUACAUAUAUUAAUUCUGAGUAUGCAGAUAACCUACCCAAACCACUUCACUCAUCAGAGCUGCAAAAUGAAAACCAUUCAAAUGAAAAUGGACUACACAACAAGAGUAUUCAUUCACGUCGAAAUAAUUUAUGUACUAUUCAUCCGAAUUCUUCAUUUCAUCGAAAUUCAGACUUAUAUUCUGGAUCAUUGGAUAGAUUAAGGAGAAGAUGUCAUUCAAUUGAAAGAGAAUUAGGUUCAAUUGAAAGAGAUAAAUAUGAACAAGGUUUAAGUAAUCCAAUAUUAGGUGAUCCAAGAGUUGAUGCUUUAACAUCGGCCAAUAGAAUAUUACGUCAAAGAUUACAUGAUAUACAAAAGUUACAAGAAAAUAGAGAACAUGCUUUGAAUAAAGCUAAUGAAAUGGUUAAUAGUUUGUUAAAUAAGCAACAAAAACAAGCCUCAAUAAUUCGUGAAAGUACACGAAACUUUGCACAAACACCGUCAACUUUAUUAACAAAUAAUCACGAUAUUGAUGACGAUCAUAAUAGAAAAAGUUAUGUAACAAAUUUAUACAAGCCAGUGAUUAAAGAUGAUUCAUUCAAUUUGCCUACUUAUACACCAACUAAAUAUAGACAUUACCAAAAUCAACAUCAUUUGCAGUGUCAUCAUGAUGUUAAUCAUAUCACUGAUCAUUAUGACCGAAAUUAUAAUCAGCAUUCACCAUAUAAUUAUUGUUCAAAUCAACGGAAACCAUUUGAUUCUAGAAAUAAUCCAACAAAUUUAUUACUAGAAAAAUUACGUUCAGAUUAUGCAGAUUUAGCAAACAGUGUUUGUCGUAUUGAAGAAAAAGCACGAGAUGCUGCCUCUUCUGUACAAUCAUUAUUAAGACAAUUUCAAAUGGGUCUUAUGGAACCGGUUAAUUUCAAUUCAAUGAAUCAAUUACCGAAUAGUGAUUCUCAUGAGUCAUUUAAUAGAGAGUCUUAUUCAAACGAGUUAUAUGAUAAAUCCGUUAUGCUUAGAUUACAAAAAGCAAGAGAUACAUUAGAUCAAUUGAAAUCUGAUUCGUUUCGACCAUCAAUAAACCUCCAAAGACAAGUAGACUAUACUGUACCACUAACAAUAUCGGUAGCAUCAACGACCAAUUCAUUAUUAUCAUCCUCAAUUCCAGUAAUGACAACAACAUCUGGUACAUUUCCGUCAAAAAUGAAUCAUUAUAAUCUACAUGAACCACAUUUAAAACAUCCUAAUGUGUAUAAUCGUCCUUAUACUAAUUCAUUAAGAUCAACUUGGCAUAUUAGUUAAGCUGACAAUAUCUUAUUUCGGUCAUUUCUAAUUAUAAAUUAUAGACUGAUCAAUUAUAAAAAAAUGAUUAAAAUUGAUGCGGAAAAGAAGGUAAUCUAACAGACAGGAACAAUCGCUAAUGACCUCAGGGAUUAAAAACAGUUUCAUCAAGAAUUCUUUUUACUAUUUUUGUUUGUUUUUGCUUCUAUCGUGUUCUAGAAUAGUAAACAAAUAAGUAUGGUAUUGUUUUUUAUACCAAAACUUUUUCUAACCUAAAAUCUUUCGCUCUACCGAUUCGUUUCUUUUUUGUUUUGUUUUUGAUAGUCAUUCACUAUUUAUUUAUUUAUACAUUUUAUAAUAAUUUGUUUAAACCAAUCAAUUGGCUUAAACACUUUUUUAAACAGAUACCAUUGUUGGUAAGAUUGAAAAUCUUGUGAAUUUACCACCACCACCACUACCAACAACAACAACAACAGAAGACGCUCAUAAAAAGUAGAAAUAUAUCAAUCUUAUUUAUUUAUUAUGAUAUGUUUAAUAACUAUGAUCCAAAACCUUAAAGUACAACUCAAUAGAAUAAGGGGGGGAGUUUCAUUAUGUUUUCUUUUCUCCUCUCUAAUAUACAUUUUCUUCCCUAAAACAUUUCACACUUUUGUUUUGAAUAUUGAAAAUUAUAAUCGUGAAUGUUGAAUUAUGAUUAUUUUGUUUGGCUUUAAUUUUGUUACAUACAUAUAUAUGUUACUUUUUGUAUUUUUUGCAUAGAUACAUUGGUUCAUUGAUAAUAAGUAAUAUAGAUGUUUCUAUGUAAAGUUUAAUUGGAUCAUUAUAAAAUAUAUAAUGAAUUUAUCUUGUUUAUUUAAAAUUAGAUCUGUAGUAUUUUAUAUAAAAUUUGACAAUCUAAUUGUAUAGUGUUUAUUUUUCUUUCUUUUUUGUUGUUGCUUAGUUACUAUGUGUUAGCGCUAAAUGAAAAGUUUAUUAUUUUGAGAUGUGUAACAUUUAGUAAAUAAACAAAUAGAUUUAAAUUAAUACUGUGAUAUUUCAGCUUAUGAAAUUUAAUCACUAUUUGAUACUUAACUGUUUUAUUUUCCAAUUAUAUCAUAAAUAUAUUUGUUUUUGUUUUUUU